AUGACGCUGGUAAAGAAUGCCAUUCCCGACACGGUGCCCUUUGUAGGGAUCAAGGUGCCCUUUGUAGGGAUCAAGGUGCCCUUUGUAGGGAUCAAGGUGCCCUUUGUAGGGAUCAAGGUGCCCUUUGUAGGGAUCAAGGUGCCCUUUGUAGGGAUCAAGGUGCCCUUUGUAGGGAUCAAGGUGCCCUUUGUAGGGAUCAAGGUGCCCUUUGUAGGGAUCAAGGUGCCCUUUGUAGGGAUCAAGGUGCCCUUUGUAGGGAUUAAGGUGCCCUUUGUAGGGAUUAAGGUGCCCUUUGUAGGGAUUAAGGUGCCCUUUGUAGGGAUCAAGGUGCCCUUUGUAGGGAUCAAGGUGCCCUUUGUAGGGAUUAAGGUGCCCUUUGUAGGGAUUAAGGUGCCCUUUGUAGGGAUUAAGGUGCCCUUUGUAGGGAUUAAGGUGCCCUUUGUAGGGAUUAAGGUGCCCUUUGUAGGGAUUAAGGUGCCCUUUGUAGGGAUCAAGGUGCCCUUUGUAGGGAUUAAGGUGCCCUUUGUAGGGAUUAAGGUGCCCUUUGUAGGGAUUAAGGUGCCCUUUGUAGGGAUCAAGGUGCCCUUUGUAGGGAUUAAGGUGCCCUUUGUAGGGAUUAAGGUGCCCUUUGUAGGGAUUAAGGUGCCCUUUGUAGGGAUUAAGGUGCCCUUUGUUGGGAUUAAGGUGCCCUUUGUAGGGAUUAAGGUGCCCUUUGUAGGGAUUAAGGUGCCCUUUGUAGGGAUUAAGGUGCCCUUUGUAGGGAUUAAGGUGCCCUUUGUAGGGAUUAAGGUGCCCUUUGUAGGGAUUAAGGUGCCCUUUGUAGGGAUUAAGGUGCCCUUUAGGGACACAGCCAUAACGGUCAACACUGAUUUAACGUCCAAAUACAACCGACAUGGAAACGAGAGAUAAGAGAGAGAAAAGACUGAUCGUUUAAUUAUAAAAUAAAAACAAUUCUCAUAUUUGGUCGGGUGAAGAAUCUGUGGUAAAAAAAAAAAAGGCAACGGUUUCUUGCAUUGAGUUUCUUCACCCGCUCUGUGAACUUGAUAGGAAACGUUUUGAUAGAACGUUUCUCCACUAAACUACAUUUACACCGUAUUCAGACAUGUCAUUUCUGGCUGUCAUCGACAAGUACAAAAUCUGUUGUUUAAAAAAACAUAAAUCAGAAUAGGACUUUCUGUUUAUCUGACAACACCGGUGUUUUGCACACUAAAGACUGGUAGCAGAUGGGGACCGCUGUGCUUUCACCAACAGGUUACAAACAUAAGCAACAACGGCCUGUGAAACAGUUUUUAACAUGAUUACUCUGGUAAAUAAAGCGCUGGUAAAAAGAAAAGUAACUUCAUGGAAAUGACAGAGGUUUAAUUUUAUCCUGGGUUGUGUUCAUCAGGAAAAAAACGCUUUAUGACUGAGGUUUAAUUUGAUCCUGGGUUGUGUUCAUCAG